ACAUGCAAAUCGACUGCAUGCUGGUUUGUGGUGCCACUCGGAUUGAACCUGUGUUUAGUCUGGACUUAAAGACACCACGAUGCAGCAGCGCUUUAUGUCCUUUCCCCAUGUUGCUAAAGCUCCAUCUAUUCAACUCCAUCAUGCUUGUCGUCUUAUAGAUCAUUUUACUCAUCAUCUCAUACAUACCGUGUUAAAUGGGCUUUAACGUACCAUUUUUUUCAUACUGUUGAAUAUUAUUUAUUAUUAUCUGAUUCCAGUCACCAUGGUCACCUGCUCUACAAACAAUCGACUUAGUUUUGUUCUUUAUCUGUUAAUGAACUCGAUGGUCUGCUGUAACUCAACAUUUAUUUGAUAUUGAAUGUGUUUCGGUGCGAUAUUUCCUUUAAACAAGGCAUUUCGUUUGGAUAUACGUAAGAAAUACAUGUUUUGUAAUACUUUAUAGUCGAUUAAGUCUGUCUGAAUGGGGCGGAUGUUUCUGCUGAUCGAUUGGUACAGUCUGAGUACCUAGUAGGGUACACAUGAUCUUGCCGGAAGUGUGCGCGAACACGACAAGAUGGUGGCCACCAGGAGAGGAACACGCGCGGCUUCUUCAGCGACGAAAGCAAACGACGAAGCCACAGAAACGCCGGUAUUUACAAGAACAAGACAUAGAACAGGUAUAUUGACAACCCCGUCCCAAUCUGAACACCCAAGUGACUCCCAGCAGGAUGAAGCAGAAGAACAGUCCACAGCUCUGGCUGAACCAGAAACCUCAGCAAAAUUGGAAACUAGAGGUGCUAAAUGUCAACCGACAGACAAACAGCCAGAAUCCACACAUGAAGCAGAUGUGUCUGAAUCCGAAUCUUGCUGUUCUGUGGCGUCGGAUAUCCAGCUGGUGUCCCGAAGCAGACGGAGAGCAACAGUCAGAGUGAAAGCUUCAUCUGUGGAGGAAAUGGAGGUCUCUAAAACUGAAUCUAGUUCUUCAUCAUUGACUAAAACGCCACGCAGAUCUACAAGAGUUCAGAAGAAGCCUGUACCUGUUUUGGGGUCCUCCACUUCACAGGAAGAUGAGCACUCCGAGGCUGAGUCUUGCAGCUCAGUGGCAUCUCUGUACACAAGAGUCACAAGAAGCUGCAGGAAACCUGCUGAUGCUCUCAAGGGUGCAACUCAUUCAGAGGCAGAUUCUUGCUCGUCUGUAGUUUCUGGCCCACAGGGAUCGACUGUCCGGAGGUCCACAAGAUGCAGAGUGAAGGUCACUGAGUCGAUCCCCAUCCACUUGGAGCACAGCGAAACUGCUGAGGCUGCUGCUCCUUCAAAAUCCAGAAGGACAAGGGGAUGCAGUGGCAAAGCCAAGUCUGCUGAAGAAGGCCAGGCUUAUGAAUCUGAAGGAUGUCAGUCUGGCCCUAGCUUGAGUCCUAGAAGAACCACCCGAACCACUAGUCGUGCAGCUGAUUCAGAUUCAGAAUCAGUAUUGACUUCGCUUGAUAGUCCUUGUUCUACACAGGGCAAGGGAACCCCGUGUAGUAGCCGAACAGGCUCAGCUAGCAGCAACUGCGCUGUCCGAUUUUCUAGAUCAAAAAGUGUUCGAGUCACAGUAAAUGUGCUUAAGAUGCCUGUAUUGGUGUCCAAAAGUGUUAAAAAGGACAGUGUAGAAAAUGAAUCUGAGAACGACCAGGCUGAAACUACACAGGAUAUACCUGUAAGUUCAACAAAGUCUGACAUGGAGGAUGUAGAGGAAAUGGAGGAGGAUGUGAAUAAUAAAACAGUUUUUGCUGCAGAUCAGGAAUGUUUUGUUGUUGAGGACAAUAAUAGGGAUCUUACUCUAUGUCUUGAUGAGGCUGAGGCUGGAGUGAGAAUUAAACCUGAGAGCAGUCAAGACAUUUCUUCUAAGACAGAGAAUGAUGUUGAGAUUGCAGAUGAAGCCAUGGACACGCACGAGGCCAGCUCUGUGCAGGAAGUCCAAGCUGUGGAAGAGGAAUCAAGUUCCAUAUCAGUGACACACCAGAAGAGUGUCAAAAGGGUUGACCACAAACCUCAGUCAAACCUCGCAGUAGAAUCCGAUACCAAAGUUAGACAAAGUUCUGAACUGCCUGUACAUGAAGAGAAUUUAAAAGUACUGAGUGAACCAGAGAAGAAAAUGGAAGUAACGAAGAAGUUGAGGGAUGCAGCAGCUGAUGAAGGCACAAUUACAAUUGACCAGGACUCUUCAGAGGAAGAGGUGAUGGAAGACACGACUAACAACGAAGGACCAUCAAGCUCAAAAGCAUCUAAGGAGAGUAUAGAGAAGAGCAAGCCUGUGACGGUAUUCGUCAGCUUGCUGGACAGCAGUGCGGAUGAGGAGAGUGAUGAUGAUGGGCUCUCAGUGGACGGAGGUAAUGACAAGGCUGUGGACUUGGAGAGUGAGGAAGAUGUGUGCCGUUCUGAGGAUCAACCAGGCCCCUCUGCUGCACUGGACUCGCUCACGGGUAACAGGCUGUUUGUUAUAGACGCACGGCCUGGCUGUCAACCCAGUGAAAAAUACUACAUUGAUACUAAACAGAAAGAAAGCCAUGACUAUGAGAAGGAGUCCAAAGUUGUUGCGGAUGAAGAGGAUUUUGUUGAUGAGGAGGGAGAUGAUGAUAAUGAGGAGGACGAAGACGAAGACUCAAAAAUACUCUUCUCUAAUAGGAAGCUGGCAAUGAACGAGUUAUCCAGUUCUAUUGACCCUGGGUUCAAAAUAAAGUCUUUUGGAGGUUUGUAUAUCAACUUUGAUGGCAGCAAAACCAAAUCUGUGUCUGACAACCUGAAAAAGCUGAAGGAACAGAAGAAGCAGGAUGAGUUGCUGAAGAAGAGUGUGAUUGUUGCAGGCUUUGAAAAGAAAGACAGUGUGCCACCAUACAAGGAAUCCAAACAUGCAGCUAAAUUAAAGCGCAGGGAGGAGAAAGCAAAGACCACUGGAGACGGUUGGUUCAACAUGAGAGCUCCUGAAGUAACUGGGGAACUGGCAAAUGAUCUCAAGGCUCUUCAGAUGCGCUCAGCCAUGGAUCCAAAACGCUUUUACAAGAAGAACGACAGAGAUGGGUUUCCUAAAUACUUUCAAGUUGGAACAGUGGUCGAUAACCCCAUAGACUUCUACCAUUCCCGUAUUCCUAAGAAAGAGAGGAAGAGGACUAUUGUAGAAGAAUUGCUUGCUGAUGCAGAGUUCAGAAGUUUUAACAAGAGGAAGUACAGAGAGAUCAUGGCAGAAAAAGCAGCAGCAGCAGCUGGAAAGAUGAAUAAAAAGAAGCAUAAAUUUCAAAAAAAGAAGUAAUACGCUUGACUUGUGCCACCAGUUUGGAGGAUUCGACAUGACGGUUCUCAUGACUGAUCUC